AUGAACGGAGACUAUACGAAGAUCGAGCUUGACGACCAGCCUCGGGGCCCCGGAGACAAUGGGGAGGGGACCCCACAGCCUGCCCUGGCUGACAGCUCUACGGGCGAGGAGAACAGGGACCCAGAAGGGAUUAACCAGCACCUCAAGGUGGAUUUUGAGCAGUUGAUCGGAGAACCGGAGAGCGCUCACAGCUUCGACAAGGUCUGGGCAUGGAGCAACAUCUCCUUCGAGAUCUGCAGGCUCUGGGGUUACCGUGUCAUCUCUCUGCUCUGUGCCGUCCCAGCCUCCAUCGCUGCUGGCUGCCUCUUCGCGCUCGCCAGCUGCCUGCACAUCUGGUGCCUGGUUCCCUGUGCCCGGAUGUGCCUCCUGUGCCGGCCCACCUGGCAGGCUUUCUGCCUGACCGUGACGGAUGCCAUCGUCGCUCCCUUCUGCACCAGCGUCAGCUACUGCUGCCGCCGGAUCCAACUGCGUCUGGCCCACCUCUAG